AUGUCGUCACGAGCCGGACGAGUGGGGCCUGUUCUGAGCUGGAUGCUGGCACUCUGCAGCAGUCCCUUGCUAUUUAGGAGCAUCCCGAGCUUUGCAGUGCGUGGCGCAGUUUUUCAUGGACCUGCGCCUUCGCCUCCCAUGGCCAGGGCCGCCAGAAGGGCCGCCAGAGGUGCUGGCAAAGCCCGGAAGAUGACGCCCAAACAGUGGGCCAAGUACCUGUUCUCCGUGCAUGGUGUCAGCGGUGUGCUGUCUGUUCUGGCAGGGAGCAUCUGGACCACAGUUCGUUUGGCCAAAGGUAUCCGCCAAGCGAGCCAUGCAGAAGUGGUCUUCAACGUGGUCUUGAGUGCUGUGAUACUUGUUACCGGCAUACAGCGACUGAGGACGAUCCGAAAUGAAGACGUGGUCUUGAAAUUCUGGGUUGGCAUUUCCAUUCAGAUCUUCGCGCUCUGUCAAGUGUUGGAGGCACCCCUUUUGGGCUGGAUUCCCUAUUCGAUCUUCGGCAACUGGAUUAGCCGUCUUUGGGGCAUCCUGUCUGUGUACUUCUAUGCGAAGUGGCUGAUGCAGAUCAAAAAGUGGAACGAAGCUUUCGAUACAAACAGUGACCAGACUGUGGCGCGGAUUUUCCAUCCGCUGAUGGCACCUGCCAUGGGCUCUGUUGUGGUGAUGGAAGUGGUGACCUUUGUGAACUUUGUGGAGCUGAACUUCAACCUGGUUAGCAGGUGUGCUGCAGCGCAAGCUCUCUUCCUUGACUCACAGUUGGUCUCGCUCGCCGUCAACAAUGUUGCUCAGUUCACUUUGACUCUGGCCAACCAAAAGAAGGUAGCCAACAUUCAGACCUUGUUCUACGUGCUUGGAGCCAUUGGAACUGUCCAGUUUGCAUUGCUAAUGUGGGUGCACCUGAAAGACCUCGGGCCGGCAGCGCUGAAUCCACUCCUCAUGAUUCCGCUUGUUUGUCGCGGAGCAUGA